CAGGAAGCAGAGAAGCCUUUGAUCUUGGUAGGUUUCCCUCACUCCGAAGCAGCCUGCAGCACGAAUGGUCCUGGAAAAGCAGGCACAGAGGCAUUAUGAAAAACCUUUGUUUCAGAGCCAUUGCCAUGGCUCUGGGUCUUUAUUUUACUGGAGCCAUGACAAACCCAGUAAGGAAAAGCAGUAUUUUUUUCGAUUCUGAGUGUCAAUGGAAUGGAUAUCGUCUGACAAAUUGUUCCUUUACUGGAAAGCGGGAUAUACCUGUGGACGUAUCACAGACGGCAGCCACCGUGGAUGCAGGUUCCAUUUUCUUUAGGGUUCUCUUACAAUCUCCCACAAAAGAAGGAAAACGGAAUAUAAAACAUCUGGACCUCAGUAACAAUCUCAUGUUGAAAAUAACCUUAAGCCCUCUUGCACAUUUACCUGGUCUGGAAACCCUAAACCUCAGCAACAAUGCCAUCCACUCCAUCUCACUGGAUCUCCCCGGUCCUAAGUGCUCAUGGGCGAAACGCCACAGCAGCAGCUUGAGAAGUGGGCUUCCGCAUCUAAAGCUGCUAAUUCUUCAAAGAAAUAAACUCAGUGACAUUCCCAAGGGAUUGUGGAAACUGAAGUCAUUACAGAGUUUGGAUCUGUCAUUCAAUGGGAUAUUGCAAAUUGGUAUGUUUGAUUUUCAUAACUGCCUGCAAUUGGAGAACCUCUAUUUAAGGAGCAACAAGAUAUUCAGAAUUCAUCCGGAAGCCUUCAAGGACCUCAAAAAGUUACAGGUUGUGGACCUCAGCAGCAAUGCUCUGACCGCCAUCCUGCCCAUGAUGACCAUUGCUCUAGAGCUUCCCCACCUGGAGGCUGACUUGGCCCAUAACCAAUGGCAGUGUGAUGACAGUGUGACCAUCUUCCAAAAUGUCAUUUCUGAAUCCUGGAGGAGAAAGUGGGAUGUAAUUUGCAACAAGUCUAUAGGGCACGAGGAGGCACCCGGGUGGACACCCAGAAGCAGAAUUCCCAGGGAGGCCCACCUUCCUCACACGAAUCUGAGUCACAGGAAAAGCCUCCUAAGGAGCAAAGCUGAGAGGCCCCAGGCAGGGAUGCAUGUGGGCUCAUCCGCGCCGGGGAAGAAGGACCGCGCAGGCUCUGAUGAGCAGCACAGACGGCCGCCGAGACGGGUGAGGAGCACCCAGGAUGUGCAAGCGGCUGGCAGGACGGAAGCCGCGUCCCAGGACCUCGCCCUGGCCGUGUGCCUAGCGGUGUUCAUCACGUUCUUCGUGGCUUUCUGCCUGGGGGCUCUGACGAGGCCGUAUAUUGACAGACUGUGGCAACGGAGGUGCAGAAAGAAAAGACCCGGUCCUACCCUCGGGUAUUCCAACCAGGGCUUCUACGAUGAAACGGAAGCUGCGGGGGACGUCCAGCACCCAAGGGUGGAUCUGCACCAAGCUCACCGUGGCCUAAGCCUCUGUGCGCCCCAAGACCCUUUCUCGGGGACACAGGCCAGCCCACAGGCUGCUGUCGUUGCUGGCAGAAGUCUGGGCAUCAGCAGAAAGGAGCCUGGCGGCGGGCAGAGCAGGGGACCGCGCGGGGGCGACACUGGGGCAGGGAGGAGGAAGGAUCACCUGCUUCCCAAUGGCCGGGCAGCCGGUUCCGGUUCCGGUUCCGUUAUCGGCGGACGGCCCGGUGCUGACAGUAACCCCCGCGCGUCAGCAAGACAGGACCGCGUCUGCCGGCAUGGUCUCCGUGGAGAAGUCGAUUCUGAAACGGAAGAUUCGCGCAGUGAGCACUCAGUGGGCAUCCCUGCGAUUGCUGGCAGAUUACGAACUGGCUCUGGCUCCAUCCAUAAGGAUUCGAAUGCAUUAGACCCACCACUGUCAAGAGAAAUGACGGCUGUUCUCUCUCAAACGCAAAUAUGUACAAAAGCGCAGAGGACGGGAGGGCACGGGGACAGAGAGGGCGCGGAGCGGGCACCGCUGGAGUUCCCUAAGGAGGUGCAGGUGGGCACUCCCAGUUUGCUGGACGCACAGGGAGCCAGUGCUGAGAAGCAACAUCCCACCUACUACGGUUCAGCCCAACUCGGUGACCUAGGACAUGUGGGCCCGUCCCCAAAGGCCGUUCCCCCAGGACGGGGCAGGGACCUACAUGUCACUCCUGCUCACGAGGACCCAGCCCAGAGACACGCUCCUCCUGACACGCGGGACGAGCUGGACACCAACUCCGAUUCCGAUGAAGGCUCUCUAUUUACUCUAAGCUCCGUGAGUUCAGAGGGUGCGCGAAAUGUGAGUGGAGAAGAGGCAGAUGGGGAGGAGAGUCCUGGAACCAGUGAGCUCCCGAAGGACCGGGACCCAGGGGUGAGGAGGGACACCGUGACAUCAUCCGAGAGUCUUGAGGACAUCACCUUCCGGAAGGCUCAGGGGAAAUGUGAGAAUCAGGAGGAUCGCUUUGAAAAACCUCUCAUUUCCGGUUCAGACUCUGGUUUGUCCAAGAGUCAUCGGGAAAGUGCCUCUAACACCCACACAUGUGAGAACCCAGUGACCUUGCCCGGGUCACUGGGUGACAGUGCUGCCCGUGACACGACCCCGGGCGUGUUCACUUAUGACUGCGUCACGGCUCCUCGGUCUGAGGCAGCAGGGUGGCAUUGCUCCCUCAGAGACCUAGAAUUUUCCACUGUGGAAGCACCACCGUGUCCUACUGAAGUUCCCCCGGUUCCUGAUAAGACUGCCUGUGGUGAGAGAGAUGCAGACAUGUGUACAUAUGAACCUCUCACUCAGCGAUCAGACCCGGAUGAAAGCAAUCGUCCCUCACAACACGAUUCUGAAGGGGGCAGCACGCAUUCCAGCCCGAUGGACACAGGUGCCCCUGAGGCCCAUGAGUCCAGAGAGGCUAGGAGCCCGACACAACUGUUACAGUUCUCUGGUGACGAACCAGCUCCUCAGGGUGAAAGAGGAGGAGGGGACUAUUUUGAAGAGGGUUCCAAGAGCCAGGUACUAUUAUUACAAGCGCUUCCCAAUAAAACCAGUCCAUUAAGAACACAGGAGCCCUUCGGUGGUGGAGACGGGGGUAAAUAUUCAGAGGACAAUCUGUUGCAACUAGAAAAAGAUGAUUCUGACUUCUGUACUCAAAUGCAGACCCACAGCAACCUGAUGGGGGUUGCCCGUCUAGGUGAGGACCGGCUCUCCUAUAACAAAGACGAGGAUGUUCAACGUGAAAAUCAAAGGCAAUGCAAGUAACAUUCUUAGCACAGAUUGGAGCACUGAGGUGGAACGGCUGAACAGAUUUUAACAAAUUCUGCACAAAGAACAGCACAGCUUUUGGGAGGUUGAUCACGAACCUACAAACCUGGAGGGGUUCAGAGAAUUUCUAAAUAUUUGUAAUAAGUUGUGUUAAAAGUUGGACCAUUUAGCCAUGGCUGGUGUGGCUCAGUCGGUUGGUGGUUGUCUUGUGCACAGAAAGGUUGCUGGUUCAUUC